GGUACGCCAUUUUACGUCUGUUCUACCCAGGGGCCAUAGUCGUGUUUGAGAGGGACGUGAGCGAUUUUUAACGAGAAUGGUCAUUUUAGUGUUAAAAUAUACAGAGGAUUGGGAGGAUACAUAGAGAAUAAUAUGUGAGUAAAUGUAACCAGCUAUUAAUUCAGUGAACAAUGUCGAGAACAACGAAACCGGAAGUGCUUCAAAAAAAUCUGGAGAAGGCCAUUCAACAAAAUAAUGUUGAGAAGAUUUUAGGUUUAGUUAGGAAUACGAAUGUGGACGUGAAUUCUCGAGAUGUCAGUCAUGGCCUUUUAACAAUUCUCAUGAAGAUGUGUUAUCUGGAAAUAUCAGACCAUGAAAUCGUUAAUAUUCUGAACGAAGUUUUAGAGCGCGAACCGGAUGUGAAUAUGCAAGAUUCCCUGGGAAGGACUGCGAUAAUGCAUGCUUGCAUUUCCGGUAAAAAUGAAGUAGUGGAUUGUCUAAUAAGUGACCCGGAAAGCCGGAUUGAUAUUUUUGAUUUUGAUGGAAAUUCUGCCCUGAUGUACGCAGUGAAAACCGGAAGUUUAUCCAUCGUUAAGAGGAUUAUGGAUCAUCCGGGCGGUUUAGCAUUAUUGGAUGUUUAUGAUACUGAUGGUUUGUCGCCUCUGACGUACACAAAGAAGAAAGGAGACCCGCGGGUAUAUAAACUAUUGUCUUCAUAUCAGACAAACUUCCCCCAGAACAAUGACCGACAUCCUACUAAAACACGAAGCCCUCAGCUUCCGCCUCCGUAUUCACCACGCCUGGAUCGGUUACGGAAAAAGGGUCACACGCCUAAUGAUAUGUCAUUCGAACGCACCUCACCUAAAGCUAUUUAUAUUGAUGACGAAACUAAUCAUUCUCUGUCACUAAGUACACCAAAACUAAAACGAAGGAACUUCAGGAGUUCUGAUGCGAUUGCGUGUGAAGCGGAAUUAAAUCUUCCCGUCAUCCUCAGGACAGACAGUUCGGACAAUGCUAAUGAUUAUAUUAAGAGUCCUUUGGCGUCAAGACUAAAAGAACGUCGAAAUUCACUUUCACUUCCGGACCUGCGCGAUACGUCUGGAUGUCUGGUAGCUUCCGGUGAAAGCACCCCUGUUUAUCCGAGUAGUUCGGAGGGGUACUCCAGUGAGGAGGGAGAGGAUUCCAUAUUCUGUCCGUACAAGUCUCCGAGAAAGCCAGUAAAUAAACAAGUUAAAAAAUGUCUGUCAGAAAAUCAAAUUACAUUUCCAAAAAUCAAGACUCCUCCUAAGAAUAAACAGCUUCAGCGGACAAUGACAGAUACGUGUGUGUUUGGAAUUGGCAAGAAAGAUGGCGGCCGCAGCGGUAAAAAGAUUCACAUCCCUUCCGGGCUGAUAUAGACGUGGAACGCAAUGUUUAAUAUUUUACCUAUAAUCUAUCUUCUACACAGCGAAAACAGUCGGUGAAAAGCAUCCAGCAACUAUAAGAAACAAAAUUUCAAAUAU